AUGGCGCUCACCUUUCAUCUCAUCUUCGCGACAAUGGUCUUCAGUCGCAUGCUAUUGCACACUGUGGCCCAUCCGUAUAUGCCUACCAGGACACUCAGCAUCCAAGACCUCACCGACCGGAAGGUGCAAUCUGCUGCUGCUGGCACCCCACCUAACUGCUUUCCCGCUCUGGGAUUCACAAUGCCCACAGCCGUGCCAUCUUCGGUAAACAACUGGUGGUGCAAUUAUGAUACCGAAUACGCUUUCAUGGGGUUUAGUUACGAAGUUACUGCAUGUCAAAGCUUGACCCAGCUGAGGAAAGAAUUUCUCGACAUCAGGCAGACCUUCAAUGGCAGAUACGUCCGCUUGUACGGCGCUUGCGAUCGGAAAGGAUUCUACGAUGACGUGGUCGAUGCGGCGUGGCGCGCUGGCGUUGGGGUUCAUGCCCUCAUUUGGUUUGGGUGGGAUGACCCUAACAUUUGGAAGACGCGUCGAGACGUACUCCUCGCCGCCUUACAUUCCAACCCCAAAGCGAAAUUCGUCACUCGUGUCUUACAAUUUGGAUCGGAGCCUUUGUAUGACUGGGCCCUAGACCCGAAGGUUCUUGCCACCCAGGUAAAAGCUGCACAGGCGAAUUUGACAAGCCUUCAUAUCCCUGUCACGAUAAGUGAGAUGGCGUACGGAUACCAAUCGCGCACAGCGGACGGGUCCAUGUCCGUUAUGAGCGCGAUUGACUUCAUAGAUGCACACAUGUUGCCAUUCUUCUCGACACAGGCGUCUACAGCAAGUAAAUCGUGGCCGAUCGUUCAGAAUGACAUCAACUGGUUUGUGAACAACGGGCAAGGAAAGAAGAUAUACCUAAGUCAGAAUGGCUGGCCAUCGGUGACAUAUCCUGGCGUUGAACCGAACAGCCCCUCAGCUGUUGCUAACGUUGCUAACGAACGCGACUACUACACUCUUCUGGAACAGCAGUGCACCUACUUCAAAAAUGUACCCGGAGGUGGAAUUGGGUGGUUUGCCCACAUUUACUCCGACAAUCAAGAACCCGGAUAUGGGAUUUAUGGCACAAAUGGCGCCUUGAAGUUCCCAUUUGCUCCUAAGACAUCGUGCUAG